ACCAAAUAAAAAUAUCUCCCCUAAAUUAUUAAUCACUCGGAGUCACGAAAACCAAACCCUAAUCGAAACUAUGGUGUGCAUCAGGAAAGCAACAGUAGAUGAUCUGUUGGCUAUGCAAGAAUGUAAUUUGUUCUGCCUGCCGGAAAAUUACCAGAUGAAAUACUAUUUUUACCACAUACUCUCCUGGCCGCAGCUUCUCUACGUUGCGGAGGACUACAAUGGCAAAAUCGUGGGCUAUGUUUUGGCCAAAAUGGAAGAGGAGAGCUCCGAGUGCCAUGGCCACAUCACCUCGCUUGCCGUGCUCAGGACGCACAGGAAACUCGGCCUCGCGACUAAGCUCAUGACUGCUGCCCAGAAUGCCAUGGAACAGGUGUAUGGUGCGGAGUAUGUGUCACUUCACGUAAGGAAAGGCAAUAAGGCUGCAUUUAAUUUGUAUACAGAGACAUUAGGGUAUACAAUUCAUGACGUGGAAGCGAAAUACUAUGCAGAUGGGGAGGAUGCAUAUGAUAUGAGGAAGCAAUUAAAGGAGAGGAAGCAUCAUCACCAUCACCACCACCAUCAUCAUGGUGGUGCAUGUUGUUCCGGGGAUUUGAAGCCUGGUGAGAAGGCUGCAUCAACAGAAGCCAAAGCAGAGUAAUGGUAAAGUAUUCAGGAUUUGGAUUUUAUCAUGUUACUUAUUAUAUUUACUAUAUGAAAGAAAGUGUACCAAUGAAGUUUCUUUUUUCAGUGGAAGUUCAAAUAAUCUUGAUGGACAUAUAUAUUUAUGGUAAUUUUGUUUUUGAGUUUUGAAACUAUCACUUUUUGCUUACUGAAAAAUUUAGGUGGGGAAUGCUAUAUUUGGAUUUUCGUGUUUAA